UUUUCAUCAGUGCUUUACCCUCCAGUAUAAGUCGCUGUGUGUUCUUGCAUUGGUGAUUUCCAAGAAGGGGUAAGUGGAGGUAGAAUUAAAAAAAAAAAAUCUCCUGCAGUGAAAAUGGAAGUUUUGGCCGUUGGUUUGCUCCGCUGAGGCUGCUGGUGGAGGUUUUGGUGAUUGGUGCAGGAGGGGGGAAACUGCGUCGCCAGCUCUGAAAGGCUGGGAAUCACGGGUCAUUCUAAGAGGACCUGCUUCCUUUUGAAAAGAUAACUAGGUUUUCCCUUCACGUCAUCGAAUGGUAAAAGAUUUAUUCCUUUAAAUGUGCGGCCACAUCCUCCAGCCUCUCAGUUCGCCUUAACGCAGCAGCAGCAGCAGCAGCAGCGUUAUUUGGAUGUGCUCUGUUUCCUCUGCGGCUCAGCGUCUCUCCGCUCGCCCUGAACAUGAUUUAAUGCUGGGAGGAAUUUCAACAGGGUACGAGGCUGUGACUACCCGGGAAUCUCUACUUUAUUCUCCUCCACGGACAAGCAUCCCACUCACGGCAGAGAUUACAGGGAAUUUCCUAAACCGCCCUUCAGAUGGACUAAAAAAGAAGCUCCGGGCUUCAGGAUUUUAACUCCGAGAGCUUUUGGCUUUUUCUGAUUUUUUUUUUUCUACAAGGGGGAAAUAUUUACUGGACAACAUGAAAGUUCUCUCGGUUAUGUUUCUCGUGGCCGUGUUUUGGAGCCAGGAGUGGAGGUCGGCGCUCUCGGAUUCAAUCAUCCACAUCGGCGCCAUCUUUGAUGAGUCAGCACGGAAAGAUGACGAGGUGUUUCGCCUCGCUGUGGCAGAUCUCAAUUUGAACAAUGAGAUCUUGGAGACGGAGAAGAUCACCAUCUCUGUGGAGUUCGUCGACGGGAACAAUCCCUUCCAGGCGGUGCAAGAAGCCUGCGAGUUGAUGAACCGUGGUAUCCUGGCUCUGGUCAGCUCUAUCGGCUGCAUGUCAGCAGGCAGCCUUCAGACUCUGGCUGAUGCCAUGCACAUCCCCCACCUCUUUAUCCAACGGUCCCCAGCGGGAACACCCCGAUCCUCCUGCCCGCCUACCAGUCGGGUUCCAGGGACAGAUGACUACACCUUAAUGGUCCGCCCUCCCGUCUAUCUCAACGAGGUCAUCAUGCAGGUGGUGUCUGAGUACAGCUGGCAAAAGUUCAUCGUCUUCUAUGAUUCAGACUUUGAUAUCCGUGGUAUUGAGGAUUUUCUUGACCGGACAUCUCAGCAGGGUAUGGAUGUCUCCCUCCAGAAGGUGGAAUCUAACAUCAACAUGAUGAUCACCAGUCUGUUCAGAACAAUGCGUGUAGAGGAGCUGCACCGCUACAGGGACACACUACGCAGAGCUGUGCUGUUCAUGAGCCCUGCUACAGCCAAGGCCUUUAUCACUGAGGUGGUGGAGACCAACCUGGUGGCCUUCGAUUGUCACUGGAUCCUGAUUAAUGAGGAGAUUUCAGACUACGACUUGCAGGAGUUGGUCAUGAAGUCGAUCGGUCGGCUGACGUUGGUGCGGCAGACGUUCCCAAUGCCCCAGAACACGACCCAGCGCUGUGUCAAACACAACCACAGGAUUAACACGUCCCUAUGUGACCCGAAAAACCCCAAGGCCCAGCAGCUAGAGAUCACCAACCGCUACAUCUAUGAUACCGUGCUGCUGUUGGCCAACACCUUCCACAGAAAGCUGGAGGAUAGGAAGUGGCACAGCAUGGCCAGUCUGAGCUGCAUCAGGAAGAACUCCAAACCAUGGCAAGGAGGCAAGAGCAUGCUGGAAACUGUCAAAAAGUUUGGAGUGAGCGGCCUCACCAGUUUCCUUGAAUUCACUGACAAUGGCACAAACCCCAACAUCUUCUUUGAAAUCCUGGGAACAAAUUAUGGAGAAGACCGGGGCCGGGGAGUCAGCAGGCUAGCUACGUGGGACCCAGUUCAUGGCUUGAACGGCACGCUGACAGACAGGAAAUUGGAAAAUAACAUGAGGGGCGUGGUGCUGCGAGUUGUCACAGUUCUGGAGGAGCCGUUUGUAAUGGUGUCAGAGAACGUUCUGGGGAAACCAAAGAAGUACCAGGGCUUCUCCAUCGACGUCCUGGAUGCUCUGUCUAACUACCUGGGUUUCAAGUAUGAGAUCUACGUCGCUCCGGAUCACAAGUAUGGCAGCUUGCAGUCUGACGGUCAGUGGAACGGACUGAUGGGAGAACUGGUCUUUAAGCGAGCCGACGUGGGACUUUCUGCCCUGACCAUCACGCCUGAGCGAGAGAGCGUCGUGGACUUCACCACACGCUACAUGGAUUAUUCUGUAGGCGUUCUGCUGCGCAAGGCUGAGCGCACCGUGGACAUGUUCGCCUGCCUGGCACCCUUCGACCUGUCGCUGUGGGCGUGUAUCGCGGGCACCGUGCUCCUCAUUGGCAUCCUGGUGUACUUACUCAACUGGCUCAACCCGCCCCGACUACCCAUGGGCUCUGUGUCGUCCACUACUCUGUACAACUCCAUGUGGUUCGUGUAUGGCUCCUUUGUACAGCAAGGUGGAGAGGUGCCCUACACCACUCUAGCCACGAGGAUGAUGAUGGGCUUUUGGUGGAUGUUUGCUCUUAUUGUCAUCUCAUCGUACACUGCCAAUCUAGCCGCUUUCCUCACCAUCACACGCAUAGAGAACUCCAUACAGUCUCUCCAGGACUUAUCCAAACAGACCGAGCUGCCUUAUGGUACAGUGUUGGACUCAGCAGUGUAUGAUCAGGUGCGCUCCAAGGCCAUGAACCCCUUUGAGAGGGAUCCCAUGUAUUCCCAGAUGUGGCGAAUGAUAAAUCGCACGGGAGGAGGAGAAAACAAUGUCGAAGAGUCUAAAGAAGGCAUCCGCAAGGUGAAGUAUGGGCGGUUUGGCUUUGUGUGGGAUUCAGCCGUGUUGGAGUAUGUCGCUAAUAAUGAUGAGGACUGUUCGUUCUACACCGUCAGCAACAGCGCGCCAGACCGUGGAUACGGCAUCGCAAUGCAGCACGGCAGCCCCUACAGAGACGUUUUCUCCCAGAGGAUCUUGGAGCUCCAGCAGAACGGCGACAUGGACAUACUCAAACUCAAGUGGUGGCCAAAGGACAGUCCAUGUGACCUCUACAGCUCGGUCCAGACGCGACAGCAUGGCAACGCCCUCGACAUCCACAGCUUCGCUGGCGUUUUCUGCGUCCUCGCGGCCGGUGUGGUGCUCUCCUGCCUCAUCGCCAUGGUGGAAAGCUGGUGGUCAAGACGGAAGGGGUCAAGGGUCCCUUCCAAGGAGGACGAUAAGGAGAUCGACCUGGAGCACCUACACCGCCGGGUUAACAGCCUGUGCACCGAGGAUGAAAGCCCCCACAAGCAGUUCUCCACCUCUUCCGUCGAUUUAACGCCCCUUGACAUGGAUGCCCUGCCUGCCGCGCGCCAGGCACUCGAGCAGAUCAGCGAUUUCCGCAACACCCACAUCACAACCACCACCUUCAUCCCCGAGCAGAUCCAGACCCUCAGCCGCAGCCUCUCUGCCAAAGCCGCCGCUGGGUUUUCCGCUGGUUUCGGUAGCGGCGGCGGCCUCCAGGACCACCGGACUGGCGGGGUGGGUCCUUUCAGGCAGAGGGCCCCCAACGGUGGCUUCUUCCGCAGCCCCAUUAAAACAAUGUCCUCCAUCCCCUACCAGCCCACAGGCCCAGGACCCAACUUUGGAUACGGCAACGAUCCAGACAGGGGCACCUCUAUAUGAGGAGCUGUGAGGAUGCGGGUGGUUCAGGAGGAAGAGGCGGAGCAGAAGGAGGAGGCGAGGACGGCGAGGGUCGAUCACUGGAUGAUAGAACAAAUAAGCUAAGCUAAAAUGUCAGAAGAUAGAGAUCCGUGUACAUAGGAAUCUUUCUGUUUUUUCGGUUCUGCUUGGGUGUUUCCAUUUUGUACGUGGAGAAGACGGAGGAGGUGGAGGUCUGUCUGGGCGUUCCUUCUCUGCCUGGUGAGGGAAGGAGAUGGUGGAGCUUGAUUCUUUGCUUUAUUGUUGUUGUUCUCGUGAUUGUUUGGGGGAUUAUUUUGGGGGAUACGUGUGAAAGGGGAUCUGUUUUUAUUGUUUCUGUUGUAUGACAUGAGGACUGCCUCAUAUACCGGAGAUGACUUGACUAUUGCUUUCUGAACCCCACGUGAAGGGUUUACUUUACACUUCUCCAACCACAGGAAACGCUUUCUGUGAACUCCAGGGCUGCCAUUGGUUUAGGACUAGUGGUGUCUUUAGCCAUGUAACAACUCAAAUGGGCUAAGCAAUUAGUUGGUUUAGGGAGAAGUAUCCAACAGAUGUUUUCUGAACCCCUGGGAAUACAUUCAGAAGCCCCUUGUGGUUUUGCAAAGGCCACAUCUCAGUGAAGUUUCCACGUCUUACUCUGCCUUUUCACAACGUGGGAGUCCUACUGAGUCCCUUCACUGUUACCUGGGGUUCUAAGUGUGUGAUUAUUUCCAAGAUGGUGUCCACACAGUGGCCUGAUUAGACUUUCCAGAUGAAGACAACACCAUCACGGAGCAUGGGUCUGGAAAACACCAUGACAGUGCAACAACAUGACACUGUACAACCACCAAAUCGGUGUUUAUCGAUCUUCAAACUUUUUUCUGCCAUUUUGGUGCAUCAGCCUGAAACUGUUUUUGAUGCACAUGAAAGACUCUUUGUCAGUCCCACUGCACUGUACCAGUGCCCACAGACCUGUAAGUGAUUGUAUGUAGAUCUGACCUUUUCUUUUCUCACCUGUACUGUGCUCUCUGCUUUUCAAGUCAAGGUGAGAUCGGCUAAUCAGACUCUUAGAGGGAUAUCAAAAAGGGAAGAUACAUAAAAAAACAACUUAAGUGAAAAAAAACAUAAAAGACAAGCUAAAGGACUUCAAAAAGCUUAUGCUUAUUCUAUGUCUUUUAUUGAUUUUUGUUUUUGAAAAAAUAGAUUUUAAUGCGUGGAAUGUGUUUUGGUCAGGAAGUACAAAAAAUAACAUUGUUCUGAGCUGUCUACUUGUUUUUAUUUCUCUCGGCAAACUUUGGAAAACUAAAUGAGUGCUGUAGUCUCUGGUUUUGCAUCAUUGAGUCAUUUUACUUUGAUUUUUCUUUGUUUUGCUGAAGUUAGUGCUGCCAUGACCGGGUGUGUUUUAAAGAUAAAAGCUCAUUCAUGGAGGUCAUGAAUCAGGUUCACGUAGUUAGAUCAUUUUUGUGUUGAGGAGAAGCCAUUGCGGCAACAUCUUCAGUACAGGCCUUAUAUGUCAACUGUCUAGCUGUACUCUCCCCAGUUGACCUAAAAUACCACCACGUACUGGAGACGUGUCGGAGCAGCAGAUCUGUGGUUGUGCUUCAGGGUCAUCAGAAUGUCAAGAGACAACGGCCAUCUGAACCCAAUGGCUGCCUUUUCUGCCAUCAGUCCGAAAUAUCCUUUUCUUUCAUAACUGUAAUGUUAAGGGUACUGUUUAUAUAACUUGUUUUUUUAAAGUGCCAAUCAAUUAAAAUGAGACCAUUAAGGUGCAUUUGGGGGCGGGGUGCAGGGAAAGACCUGUUAAGAGCAUUAGAGGAAUAUUUUGUGGAUUGGGGGCUUAAAUGGAACCAAAUCUUUUUCACUAACACUGUAUUAAUAAUUGAUAAUGUUAGUUGUUUAGGUCAAGUUUUCAGUUUGUUAUCUUUAAGAACUAAAACUGCAAAAUGUCGUGCGUAGAGAACUCAGUCAAGCCACAGUGUUUUAAAGCAAAGCAUUCUUAGGCAUUCUUUUCUUAUAUUAGGCUACAGUAUGGCUAUUGAAUGACAAAUAGGACACAGACAUUUAAAAGGUUUUAUUUAGUAUAAAUGAAAGAGACAUUAUAAAAAUGUAUAUUUUACAUGUUGAUGCUAUUUUUGUUUAACAAAAAGAAAAGAGUAUAUCAUGACAAGCUUUAGUGUUGAGUUUAGCCGCCACAUCACCGCGUUUGGUUUCCCUUUAUCCGCCCAUGGUCGACAUAAACACAUCCAAACACCAACUCUGCUUUUCUCACGUCAUCUUGAGUUCAUUUUAUGAUUUGCUGGCUAAAUAACAAAAAGCAGCAAGUUGAUGAAAAAGAAAGCAUGCACAAACUUGCUCUUGCGCUAUCUGUUAACAUUUUUAAUUUCAUACAUAGAACUACAGGAUUUACUUGAUAAUUUUCAAAAAUUUAUGAUGUACAGUAUUUAAUAUAGGCCUAUUUUGUUGUAUGUGUUGCAUAUUAUUCAAAACUGAACAAACUGGGGCCUCUGUUACA